UCCAAGGGGUUUAAUUCAGGAAAUAGAGACCACUUGGUGUAGGUUAGUGUUGGAGAACAAGCUGAGAAUUUUUACUGUUUAAAUAUCAGAAUCCAUCAUGGGGUUGUUGAGGCUCCUCUGUUGCCUCUCUCUCUUCUUCAUUUGUGCUGGUGCGUCCAUGAUUGAGACCUUACACAAAAUUGAGGAUCUAAAAAGCAGAAAGUUUGGGCACGAGUACCCACACCAUGGUCUUCUCCUGCUGCACUGGUUGGCCAACCACAUCUCAAUCGGUCCAUCAGAAGAAAUCCUGCUUCAUUUCGAGCCUGCACGUCGGGACUACGGCUUCCAGACCUAUGAAAGUACUAACAACACUGCUCUUCCGAACUUGGAGGACUCAGAAGACAGUGUGUAUUACUCGUUGGGAAGUCUCAGUUCAGUGGCGAUCCGAACCAAGCUGCCUCCGUAUGUCACCCAAGAUUACUACAAUGCCCUUGAAAACACCAAGAGAGACCUGGACCGCAUCGUCCUCCAAAUUCAAAGGAGCAACCCAAGACAAGCAGACAAAGUUUAUAUCACACAAGUAGUGACCAAAGACUCAGAAGACUACGAUCCAAAUGAAAUCUUUGAGAUCAGUCCUAAACUCUUAGCACAAGUACAGUUUCUCAAAACCUCUCUUGAUUUAAUUCAAAUCCUCGAAUCACAUGUGACCAACACUCAAACCUCAGAUGAUCCUCGACUAGCAAUGUCCAAAGAGCAACUUCUCCACCAUUUGAAAUAUUCCGACAAACAUCUUCAAACUAUUUUUGAGGACCAAAGCUUGAGGUGGCUUCUAAGUCUGGCUGGAUAUAACAUAGAAAACAGGUUAAACAUUCAUAAGAAUACUUGGUUAUGUUCACCUGAUAAUCUGAACCAGCAAGAACAAAUCACCAGUGAUCCUAAAACACUGUGUGAGGGCCAGCAUCCAGUAAAGUUGGAACUGAAAUCCACAGAAAACGGUUAUGCAAGACUCAUUUGGAGUGGUUUACCAAAGAACAUGCUAACAAUAAACACUACUAUUGUCAUUUUUAGUAGCGACACGUCUAGUGAUAUUAGCACGUUCGCAGCAGUCAAAUCUUCGGGAUCCUAUGACACGUACUGGGCACUGAAUCAUGGUAUUCAGCCACGUCUGGUCCAAUUCCGUUUCGGCUUUGAGUUUGGUUUCGUUGGCCUUCGUUACGCAGUCAUUUGGAGAGGGCCCCAGUUUGACGAGGCUAACAGAGUGCUUCCUACCGACAUUACUGGCUACAACGCAAGCCUUCAGCUUUUCACGAGAAAUGGCUACGCAUGUGCUCGGAUAUACAUCAGAAGAUCUUUUUCGGAUUUCAAAACAGCGUUUGCCAAUGCAUGGGUGUCUUUCUAUACCAGUGAGAAUGAUCAGAACAAAAAAUAUACACAGUAUGAGUGGGUCACCAAAUUCAAGAAAGGUGUGGAUACUAAAGAAUAUCACAUCUAUGAGUAUAUGUCAUCCAUGAGUAUUGCACCUGGAGUCCAAGCCCGCUUGAUGCUCUCUGAUGACAGUAUUUACAGUCUGAUUUUUACCUCGAAGGCGUCUGUGAUGGCCCGCACUACUCCUUGGGAGAGUCAGUAACUAAUUACAGCUUGGGUGAAAAUGACUGAUGAAAUUGGUGCAUCGCAAACAGAAGCAUUGCAUGCAAAAAUAACAAAAACAGA